CUCCUGAUGUAUGCGCUGCUUGGCCACCGCCUUCCAGUCUUACAACCUUCUUUCCCUCAGCUUCCCUGUCGUCCUCGCUACUAUCCAUCCUUCUAUCCUUUUAUUUCCUUUUUAUUCUUUCCGCUCGCGCAAUCAUGGGCCAGGAUCUCCGUUGCGAUCUGAUGCCCUGAUGUCAUUAUUUAAAGGUAUUCAAAUAUGAAUCAUGCGUCUGAUAUUCCAUCCGAGUCUGCUCGCUAGCGUCUUAAUUACACUGCUACCUUCGUUUUCCUCCGCCUCAGUGGUUUCCACGGAGAAUGAGGUUGUCAAUGAGCGAGGGUCUGCGACACUGUGGCAAGAUGCAACGACAGCACCAGAGACUAAGAGAAAUGAGAACGUUACAAGCAGACAGGAGAAGGAGGUGGCCAUCACUUACCCCUUUCGCUUGGUCUACUACGUGAAUGAGGAAACAGAAAACACAUACCAUGACUUGGACACUCGUGCACGAAACCAGGCCAGUGAAGGCCAGGUCAUCCACUUGGCACAGGCAAGCUUCCAGCUGGACGCCUUUGGUUCUACUUUUAUUCUGGAUCUUACACUAAACAAUGAUUUGCUGUCCUCAAAUUAUGUUGAGAUCCACUAUGAAAAAGACAAACCAGUUUUCUCCAAGGGAGGCGAACACUGCUACUACCAUGGUCAAGUGAGAGGGAAAGAGGUCUCUCAUGUUGCUCUGUCCACUUGCAAUGGGCUCCAUGGAAUGUUUGACGAUGGAAUGUUUGUCUACCUCAUUGCGCCCUUGAACCAAACUCAAGCUGUGGGCACGGGGCCGAGGGCCCACACCUUACUUCGGACAUCGUCACUCCGUAUGGGCCGCGACCCUGCUGAUGUUGCUUCUGAGGACCAGGAGGAGGAUGAGGAGGAGGAAGAACAGAUCUUGUCCGACAUGCCUUGGCUCAGGCGGCGCAGGAAACGAGCAGUACCACAGAAGGUGUUUGAUGAGAUCAAGUACCUGGAGAUCAUGAUAGUCAGCGACCACAACACGUUUAAAAGACAUAAAAGCAAAAAGCAUACAAGGAAUUUUGCCAAAUCAGUGGUGAACCUUGUAGACGCUAUAUUUAAGGAACAGCUUAACACACACGUGGUGUUGGUUGCUGUCGAGAUCUGGACAGAUAGGGACAGGAUUCCUCUCAGUGUCAAGCCUCUGGACAUGCUGAAAGAUUUCUCCAAGUACCGGCAGCAAAACAUCGGCGUCAACGCGGAUGCUGUUCACCUCUUCACGAAUGUUACAUUUCAUUAUGGCCGCAGCAGCAUGGCCUACAUCGGAGGCGUAUGUUCCAUGGGAAGAGGAGUAGGGGUUAACGAGUUUGGCAGCACUUGGACGAUGGCUGCCUCUCUCUCCCAGAGCCUGGCACAGAAUCUGGGCAUCCAGUGGGACCCUGUUAGCAGAAGAAAGGAGUGCGGCUGCAUGGAUUCCUGGGUGGGAUGCAUAAUGGAAGAUACCGGAGUGCAGCAUCCUCGCAGGUUCUCCAAAUGCAGUAUCACAGACUUUAAAAACUUUCUGCUAAAGGGAGGAGCUUCCUGUUUAUUCAACAGACCUAAUAAGCUCUUCGAGGCUACAGAAUGUGGCAAUGGGUAUGUAGAGGUGGGAGAGGAGUGUGACUGUGGAACCAGGAUGCAGGAGUGCUAUAAAGACUGCUGUAAGAAGUGCUCGCUGUCUAAUGGCGCUCACUGUAGUGAUGGGCCGUGCUGCAACAGCACCUGUCUGUUUCUUCCAAGGGGCUACGGCUGCCGCUACUCUGUGAAUGAUUGCGACAUUUCAGAGUCUUGUUCAGGAGAUUCAGGACAGUGUCCUCCCAAUCUACAUAAGCAGGAUGGGUAUCCCUGUCAGCUCAACCAGGGACGAUGUUAUGGAGGUGAAUGUAAGACCAGAGACAGCCAGUGCAAAUACAUCUGGGGUACAAAGGCAGGAGGCUCAGAGAAGCACUGCUACGAAAAGCUGAACACCGAGGGGACGGAGAAAGGAAAUUGUGGGAAAGAUGGAGAGAAAUGGAUCCCCUGCAGUAAACAUGAUGUGUUCUGUGGGUAUCUGCUGUGCACCAACAUUGGUAGAAACCCCAGGAUUGGGACGCUGAAGGGCGACAUCACGCCCACCACUUUCAACCAUCAGGGACGUCUGGUAGACUGCAGCGGUGGCCGUGUACUCUUGGAUGAUGACACUGAUCUGGGUUAUGUGGAGGACGGGACACCAUGUGGCCCCUCCAUGAUGUGCCUUGAGAGGAAGUGUAUGCCUAUUUCCUCCCUCAACCUUACAGCCUGUCCUUCUGGACCAAAUGGACGCGUGUGCUCUUCACAUGGAGUGUGCAAUAAUGAAGCCACAUGCACCUGCGAUGCCUCCUGGGCUGGAACAGACUGCAGCAUGCACGACCCACCGAAAGGACCACCCACCAAUGAAAAUGAGGGUCCCAAGGGUCCUAGUGCCACCAACCUUAUCAUAGGCUCCAUCGCGGGGGCCAUCCUGAUGGCAGCCAUAGUGCUGGGGGGGACGGGAUGGGGAUUUAAGGUGAAAGUAUGAGCGAAGAGGGGUGGAGGUUGUGUCGUAGGCAGCCUUUGUACCAUGGCUGGCUGCUACGCCUCUCUCUAACCUCGUGGAAGGCCCUGGCCCCCCCUCGAAAACCUAGAACAGAGCAAGACCCCUCACGCCCCCACCCGGACCCGCCCGACACUGCUGCCUUUACUGCCUGCUUCACUGAGACCUGAAACGUCAAAAAAAGACGGUACGACCCCAACGCCAGUGCAAUCUAAAGGACCGGAGACUACAGCCUCGCCUGGUUUCCCUUGGGAUUCAGAAAGUGAGCUACCUGCUGGACUGUACCCUCUCCUGCUGCUGACAGCCAGUUAGCUUUACUUGAAAACAAGAAAAAAAAGAAGGAAGACAAAGAUGAGUAGAAUUUUUUUCACACAAAGUCUUGUACCCAAAGCCUGCCCUAGUCCCCUCUACUCUUCCAUGACCUUUGAGCCAUUACCCAGUUUAGGAUGGUGGUGUGUGCUUGUUCCUGACUUUCUGGCUUGAUUUGGCAUGACCAUCCCUGGCUCUGGCACUUGCAUGGCAGUGGAGGGUCACUAGCUCAAAACAAAGAGGAAAAAAAUGGAGAGCAAAUAUUCCUAGAGAAGAGCAAUCUAGAGAAGAGCAUACACUGAUUAUGCUGCAUUGACUGUGGAAUCAUUGCCAGGUGGGACUCGCCUGUAGUGGCCAUAUUGUCCGAAUGGACCUAGAUCGCCAGACACACACUUCGACAUGGGAAAAAAAAAACUCAUUCUAUUUUGAGACGCACAUGAGAGUUUGAUCUUGUGGUCUCAAUAUUGUUUUACAUGGACAUGAAUUUAAACAGCUUUUUCUUUCAAGUUUCAGCAUGUUGUAUUGCAGGCAUUUUAUGCCACAUUAAUGAACAAAAAAAACAAAAAACAAAGAAAGAGCAUCCAACAAAUUGG